AUGUCAAUAAGUAUAACUCAAGACACAAAUCCAACUACUAUAUCAACAAUAACAAAAGAAGUUAAUCAUAGUAAAGAAAUAUUGAAUAAAUUAUACAUUGAUUAUAAACUUCAAAAUGAAUUUUCUUGUGAUAUAAAAAUUAUUAUUAAUAAGAAUGAAUCUAUUUUAACUCAUAAAAUACUUCUCCAAGCUCAUUCUCUUUAUUUUAGAAGAAAUCUUAGCAAGAAUCAAAAAAUUGUAGAGUUAAAUGAUUUAAGAUAUAAUUUGAAAUUAAUAAAACUUAUGUUAAAAUAUUUUUAUAAGGGAACAGUUAAUAUAAAUUUGAAAAAAUAUUUUAAGAAUUUUAAGUAUAUGACUAAGAAAUUGGAAAUUAAUAAUUUGUAUAAUAAAUUAUCAGAAAUUAAAAUUGAAUCAAAUACUAAUUAUAGUAAUGAUAACAAAAAAUCUAAAAAAACAAUCAAAAGUGAAAAAAGUGAAAGUAGUAAAUCUAAAAUAAAGUCAAGGAAAAGUUUACGAAAAAAGAAUACUUCAAGUAAAAAUAUCUCUUUACCAAUGAAAAAAAGUAUUAAAAAAAGUAAUGAAUCUUCAUAUGAAAGUGAAAUUAAAUCUUCUCCUUCAAGAAAAAAAUCAUUAACUAAAUCUAGAAAAAAUAAAUAUCAACAGACAUAUUCUCCUGUAAAAGAUAAUGUUGGAAAUGUACAUAUAAUGAUGAAUGAUUUAAAGAAAACUAGGAAACAUAAAAUCAAAACAUGUUCUUAA